AUGACAUCACGAUAUAUAUUCAAUAAAAAUUUAGAACAUGAACAAGUGAAAGCAUCUAAUAAAUAUCAUAAUACAGAAACUAAGAGAGUAUUAACAGUUAAAUUUGAUAGAGAUUCUAAAAAUCAAUAUGUAACAAAUUUAAAAAAACGUAAAGAUAUAAAUCGUGUAAUUGGAUAUGAACAACAGAAAAGACAUGAUGAAAAAAUUAAACAACAAGAAAAGGAAGAAAAGAAAUUAAGAUAUGAUGAAAUGUUAAGAAGUUUAGAUAUUGAUCCUGAUCAAUUUAAAGGAAAUUCUAAAAAGAAUGAAUAUGAAAGAUUAUUAAAAAAACAAAAAACAUUAAAUGAUGGAGUUAAUGAUGAAGAUGAUGAAGAUGAUGAUGAUGAUGGAUUUAAAUCUUCAACAUUUAAUUUAAAAACUGAUAUGGAUAGUAGUGAAAGUGAAAGUGAUGAUAAUACUAAUAAUAAUAAUCAACAAUUUUUAUUAAAUAUGAAUAAUCAAUCAGAUGAUGAUGAAGAUGAAGCUGAUAAUAAUGAUGAAUCAUCGGAAGAAGAAGAAGAAGAUAAUAAUAAUAUUAAAACAUAUAAUAAUAAUAAUAAUGAAGAUGGAGAAGAAUCAUCAUCAGUUUCAGUAACAAUUAAACCAUUUAAUUUUAAUACAGGUAGUUUUGAUUCAGAAGAAUCAUCUGAUAGUAGUAGUGAUAGUGAUGAUAGUGAUAAUAGUGAUGAUGAAGAAAAGAAAGAAGAAAGAAAAGUAUCAAUUCGUCAUCAAGUACUUUCACUUAAACCUCAUGAAUUAAAUAGAAAGAUUGUAGAAAUGCAAAGAGAAAAGAAAAAGGAAAAGAAACAAAAGAAAUUUAAUCCACAAAAAGCAGCACAAGAUUUGAAAAAGAAAAAGAAAUUUAAAAAGGAAGGUAAAUCAUUUGCUGAAAAAAAGAGAGAAGAAAAAAAGAAGAAACAACAUGCUCAAAAAAGAAAGAGAAGAUAA